AUGUUCAGCAAGGCACUACUGCUCCUGUUGACUGUCAUCGCUGGCGCGUUGGCAGCGGGCGUGACUAACAUCCUCAAUGGUACGCUUCAAUACACGAGUACAGAUGCUGUCGACAACGUUUCGUCGUAUACAUUCCAGGAUCCCUUCUGCAUUGUGGAUGUCAAUCUUGUCGACUACUCCUGGGCUAUUGUGAUUCUAAGAGAUGGCAGUAAAACAGAAGCUGGUUACGAUGCAGCGGGUGAUUGUGGUGGACGCUUCAAACGAGAAAUGCAAGGGGGUAAACUCGUCGCAUUGACCAAAUGGCACUGCCACUACGGACCAGAAAACAGCGCCUGUAUCACCUUUAACAGUCCACUACUGUGGAGUGCUUUGAGCGAUUACAUUUAUCCGACGUACGCGAAGGUCACCGAUGGUGUGGAGUUGCACUGCGAGAAACUCCGUAAAGGCAAAGAUGCUGUCUGUCCAGCAGCUUUCAACGACAACUAG